CUUCCCCCUCUUACAUCCUACCUCCUUUCAGUCUUCACCCCAUACACAACCAGACACUCGCACGUACACACACUCUCAAAUAUUUACACACUGCCGUACCGGAGAAUACACACACGCACAUACACCUUCCUGCAAACACCGCACACAUACUUCAGCGAUUGCCCACGUCCUGUCUCCCACCCAGACACAGACCUUUCCACACGUAGGCCAGGAAAGCGCGACCCACAGUCCUGUGACGCCACGCAGGUCCUAAGAAUACGCCUUUUUACAUUGAGCGGAUCUGCGAACACAGACAAACCUGCCAACCCCUUAAGUCUACUGGCUGGAUUUCAUCUCCAUGGCAACAAACAUGGAAGGCAGAGAACUGACUGGUGCAGGGAUUCUGAGCAGCCCCCACGAUGCAGCCGUGAAUGAUGAGUAGUGCCAACUGCGGCAACUCUUCAGCCAAGAUGAGUGUCAACGAAGUCUCUGCCUUCUCACUGACUCUGGAGCAAAAGACUGGCUUUGCUUUUGUGGGGAUUUUGUGCAUCUUCUUGGGACUUCUUAUCAUCAGAUGCUUCAAAAUUCUGUUAGACCCAUAUAGUAGCAUGCCUUCUUCUACAUGGGAAGAUGAAGUCGAAGAGUUUGAUAAAGGGACAUUUGAGUAUGCACUGGCCUAAGAGUUCCAGCUUUAUGCUUUUGCCAGUUGCUGUUGGGUGGGAUCUAUGGUGGAUACAUGUGUAACUAGCCUGACUGUGAUACAUUUCCUAUACUUUACUCAAUAAACA